AUUUAUAAUACUAAUACUAACCUAAAAGUGAAAUCUCAUCUGUACAAUACAUUGCACAUUCUACAUUAUUUGUAAAUUUUGUACGUAGAUCCUGUGGUUUUGUGUUUUCUGUUAUCUUAUUGUGAUCAUAAUGGAAGAAGAGGAAGAUCAAGAUACUACGAAUUUUCUAACACCAGCACUUUAUAUGGAGCCUUUGCCAAAAGAUUACAGGCCCGGGACAGGUCCGGUAACCGACGGGUUUGAGUAUUUGAAACGUGUAAGGUACGAAGCAUUAACGACUCCGAUUGUUUCUUUUCCUGAACAGCAAUUCCGUAGUAUCAAAAUUGACGACGGUGCGUCGGCUUCAUAUUUGCCAUUCACUGCAGAAAAGGUUUCUGCUACAUAUAUGCCACUCACUUCAGAAAAAGUUACUGUGUGUGAUGAAACAUUUCUACCGUCACUUGAAUGGCAAAAUGAGCAAGUGGCAGACUUUUCAGAUCUUCGUCAUGCUAUUGCAAUAAGAAGAGAAGAUGAGAAAACGCAUGGUACAAAUGUAAAAGAAGUUUUUCCAGAGAAACACAGUGAACAAGCUUGGUUUGAAAUAUGUAUCAAGGAACCUAUCAAACCAAAAAAAUUCCAAUAUCAUGCUGGAAUCGGUAAACAUUGUUAUAAAGAGCCGUUAUUGUCGUUUCUUUUGUCAAUGUCUCAAGACACUCUUCUCAGUCUUCUGGAAAAUUUUGUCCUGUGGAUAAAUGAAGGACAUACAUCUGUUCAGUUGAGUGGAAGAUGGAUCUACUGUAUAUUUUCCGUUUUGGAAGUUCCAUUGAUUCCAGAAAUGUGCUCCGCUUUGCGUGAACUCUGUAAAUUGGCUGCUAAAGAAAGGUCAAUACUAGAAGAACAUGAAAGUCGUACUGUGAAUACACUCAAUCUUAUCAUUUGUUUAGUCGGACGCUACUUUUCACAAACCGACCUAGCCGAUUGACUCAUAACUUCAAUCAUUUUUCCAACACUAACAGUUUUUUAUUCAUAAGUAGCAUUUUUUCAUAAGUGUGUUAGUAGCCUACGGUAUGCUAUUUUAGAUACUUUUUUGUGAGAUUUGAGGUUUACUUUGGUUUUUUAUAAAAUAAAAUUACUUUUUUGAAUGGAAA